AAUCUUUUCGGUGCGAGUGUGUGAAUAUGUCGUCGGGCUAGCAGCAGACUCGUAGGCGUUCAUGAAAUUGUGCAUUGUUAAACUGUACUCAUCGCGUACAGUGCGGAAUUUUCUAAAACCGGAAAUGCAGGAUGCAUAAGUUCCAUCGUAAGAAAAUUAUCUAGCGACGACAAAAAGUGAAAAGAACGGCACCAUAUGUAAAUGUGCGGGCGUAUACUUGGGCGGAGAUAACGUUGUGUAAUAUAUACCUAGCUAUUUACUUAGCUAGUGAAUUGAUCGAGCCAGGGGUUGAUUGUUUUAAGUAGACCAAACAAAGGAUGGAUUCAUCGAUGGAGGCGGCAUCGAAUCUGCAGCCGUUGGGAACAGAAGUCUUCAGUAAAGUGGCAGAUGAUAAGUGUAAGACGGAGGAGCUUCUUAGUACCGAAAAGCUGUACAAAUCAAUAGAAAACAUGGACGACUACGGCGAAUCGACGGGUUUGCUGGAACAGCAGGUAGCCUCCGUCCGGUUGCCCAUCAUCGGCAUGACCUGCCAGUCGUGCGUGAAGAACAUCGAAGGAAACAUCGGCAGCAAGCACGGUAUUAUCAAGAUCAGCGUUAUUCUAGCCGAAAAUGCUGGCUACAUAGACUACGAUCCAACGCUGACCGAUCCGGCCCAGAUUGCGUCCGACAUCGAUGAUAUGGGUUUUGAAUGCACCUACAGUGAUGACGAACGGAGAACGAUGAAGGAUGAAGGCAACGAUGUGUUAUUAGCUCGAAUAAGCAUACAUGGAAUGACGUGCCAAUCCUGUGUGAGGAACAUCGAGGGCAACAUGCAGGGUAAAGCCGGCAUUGUGUCGGUUAAAGUAAUGCUAGAGCAAAAGUUAGGGUUGAUAGAAUACGAUAGAAAUGUGACGAACCCCGAGCGAAUAGCAGAACAAAUUGACGACAUGGGAUUUGAGGCGAAAGUAGCUAACGAGGAGAGUGAAUAUCAAAAGACUGACAAUAACCAAAGCGUCGUCAACAACCGGUUGGCCCGUUCGGAGAAGUUAAUUUCGAUCGAUGAGGACCUCACUUUUUCGAACGGGGCCACCAACGGUAAGCAGGUGCAGCUGAAGGAAAAUUUCAAACGGUGCUUCCUUCACGUACAGGGCAUGACGUGCGCCAGUUGUGUAUCGGCAAUUGAAAAGCACUGUAAGAAAAUCUACGGAGUAGAAUCGAUUCUCAUAGCGCUUUUGGCCGCGAAAGCAGAGGUCAAAUACGACGCAGCGUUGACCGGACCCGAAGAUAUUGCCAAAUCGAUCACGGAUCUAGGCUUUCCGACUGAAAUCAUAGACGAACCUGGGACAGGGGAAGCCGAGGUUGAGAUCGAAAUCCUCGGGAUGACGUGCAGCUCCUGUGUGAAUAAAAUUGAGCAGACUGUUUUAAAAAUUCCGGGAGUUCUGAAAGCGUCCGUCGCGUUAACCCUUAAGCGAGGACGUUUCUCGUUCAACAACGAAAAGACUGGAGCAAGAACGAUAUGCGAAGCGAUUCAGGAUUUAGGCUUUCAAGCUACUGUUCUCUCAAACAAGGACAAAAUGGCUCACAGCUAUCUUGAGCAUAAGGAGGAAAUUCGUAAGUGGCGCAAUGCGUUCCUCAUCUCACUCGCUUUCGGAGGUCCCUGUAUGGUGGCCAUGAUCUAUUUUAUGGUUCUGAUGGAAACGCACAGUCACGAGGAAAUGUGCUGUGUCAUUCCUGGGCUGUCGUUGGAAAAUCUCAUCAUGUUCGUUCUUUCGACGCCGGUACAAUUUUUCGGCGGAUGGCACUUUUACAUUCAAGCCUACCGGGCGGUGAAACACGGAGCCAGUAAUAUGGACGUGCUUAUAACCAUGGCUACCACCGUCAGCUACAUCUACUCGGUUGCCGUUCUAAUCCCCGCGAUGGUGAUGGGAUCGAAAACUUCCCCAUUAACGUUCUUCGAUACGCCUCCAAUGUUGUUCAUUUUUAUUUCACUCGGUCGCUGGUUGGAGCAUAUCGCCAAGGGUAAAACUUCGGAAGCCCUUUCGAAACUAUUGUCACUGAAGGCUACCGAAGCGGUACUGGUAACGCUUGGCGAAGACUACGAGGUCCUAUCGGAGAAGCUCAUCUCGGUGGAUUUGGUGCAGCGGGGUGAUACGUUGAAGGUGGUUCCCGGCAGCAAGGUGCCCGUUGAUGGAAAGGUUCUCUGCGGUAACUCCACCUGUGACGAAAGUCUCAUCACCGGUGAAUCCAUGCCAGUGCCAAAGAAGAAGAACUCCGCGGUAAUCGGUGGCUCCAUCAAUCAGAACGGGCUGUUGCUUAUGAUCGCUACGCAUACCGGUGAGAACACCACACUUGCGCAGAUCGUCAAACUGGUAGAGGAAGCGCAAACCUCUAAGGCACCGAUCCAGCAGUUGGCGGAUAAAAUUGCCGGUUACUUUGUACCCUUCGUGGUGGCCGUUUCUUGCGUCACGCUGCUCGGAUGGACUAUAAGCGGAUUCAUCGACAUCAACCACAUUCCCAUGUCGGACGCUGCCAAGGAGGGGCUAAACCGACAGGAAAUUAUCUUCAGUUAUGCCUUCCGAUGUGCGCUCAGUGUGCUGGCGAUUGCGUGCCCAUGUGCACUGGGUUUAGCUACCCCUACGGCGGUUAUGGUUUCCACCGGGGUCGGGGCUCUGCACGGUAUUUUGGUUAAAGGAGCGGGACCACUUGAAAAUGCGCACAAAGUUAAAACAGUCGUUUUCGAUAAGACUGGUACCGUUACGUACGGGAUGCCGAUGACUUCCAGAAUCUGCAUGUUUGUGAAGCCUAAGGUUUGCUCACUUGCACGCGCUUUGUGUAUAUUAGGUUCAGCGGAGGUAAACAGUGAACAUCCGAUCGCAGCAGCCGUGGUCAAGUUUGUGAAGGAAGUACUAGAGGUUGAUGCUUUCGGAAAGUGUACAAACUUUAUGGCUGUACCGGGCUGCGGAAUCCGUUGUGUGAUUUCUAAUGUCGAUGGUAUCCUGAACCAAGGUCUACGCUCCGAAAAAAUCAAAAAUUAUCUAAACUCCUACAAAAGUGACUCCAAUAUGCUAAGUUUUGUUAAUGGUGCGGUAAUAGAAGAACUCAUACCACCGUUGAGUCCAUCGCAGAAGAACACGAUCGAACUGCAGCAGCUGUUACAGGUGGAAACCAUUGAUACUGAACCCAACGUAGAAGCUUUCUCGCGAGUGCACGAAUUCAACGUACUGAUCGGCAAUCGAGAAUGGAUGAAUCGGAAUGCAAUCAUCGUUCCGCCGGAAAUCCACAUUAAAAUGACCGAAGAGGAACAGAUGGGAAACACUGCAAUACUCUGUGCGAUAAAUAGUCAACUGAUCUGCAUGGUAUCCGUUUCGGACAUGGUUAAACCGGAGGCACAUUUGGCGGUUUACACGUUGAAAAAAAUGGGCAUCGAGGUUAUCCUGCUUACCGGGGAUAAUAAGAACACGGCGGGAAACAUCGCCCGUCAGGUCGGUAUCAACCGAGUUUUUGCGGAGGUUCUUCCAUCACACAAAGUAGCCAAAAUCCAACGACUGCAGGAGAAUGGGAUGCGCGUGGCAAUGGUUGGCGAUGGCGUGAACGAUAGUCCGGCGUUGGCGCAGGCGGACGUUGGUAUAUCGAUUGCUUCCGGAACGGAUGUAGCUGCCGAGGCGGCGGAUGUUGUGCUUAUGAGGAACGACCUGUUAGAUGUGGUGGCCUGUCUGGAUUUGUCACGGAAGACUGUUCGAAAGAUUCACCUAAACUUCCUGUUUGCCAGUAUGUACAAUUUGCUUGGAAUUCCUCUGGCAGCUGGAGUAUUUACGCCAUUUGGAUUUAUCUUGGAGCCCUGGAUGGCUUCUGCAGCAAUGGCCCUCAGUUCGGUUUCGGUGGUGUGCUCCUCGCUGAUGCUGAAACUGUACAAAAAGCCCACGAAAGCUGCCCUCCAAACGUCCGAAUAUGUAGCGCUGGUUGAAGCGGGAGCACUUCUCGAUCCGGAAACGGUUUCCGUACACCGCGGACUAGACGAUAUUCCACGACCCAACUUUGGGCGUUCCACCAGCUCCACGCUGGCCAAUUUUUUCAGAGCACCUAUUAAUACCUAGUAGCAUCGACUAACAUUUACGAUUUCAAAAGUUGAAUUCACUUAGAUGGUAAGGCAGUUAUUAACCACUUUUAAGUUCCUUUAACGGUUAAGUAGAAGAUAGAUAACGUAGUCGAUACUACCAAAAAGAGUAUUCGACUUAUUUACUGAAAGUGUGUUCUUAUGUAGGUUCACUUAUAGUUUAGGCUUCUAAUGACCGUCACUUCACUACUACAAGCGUAUUACUGUAUUUGUUUUUGUAACAUUUUAUAGAAUAUUUUAACAAAUAUAUUAAACAUGUUACUCAUAUAACUCCAGAUCAUUUAAACAAAAUGUAAGUUGGGGGCGGAGCCAAUGAUUUUUAUGUGGGAAUUAGAAACCUAAUCAUCUUAACAAUUGCGUUUAUGCUACCUCGAAUAGUGGUUGUUUUCAGAACCAAUCGAUACUUUUUCGAAUUUCAUGCAACCUCCAUUUUUGUUGGAAAGGCACAAAAACGUAUAUUUAAUAUAAUAUUUAUUGGAUUACUUUUUUAGUAGCUUGUCAGAGAAUUUACAUACACGAUUCUUGCAACCUUGAAAUACUCUGUAAAACCACAAAAGAAACUACAUAUAGAUUAACCGAAAAAUCACAUUACGGCAACUCAUUUUUACUAUCCAGUUAUCGUACUAAAAUAUUCAACACUGUUAAAGCUGGCUCCUCCCCCUAGGUCAUCACAUAACACCAGACCUCCCAAACGAACAUCGUACACAAUGUUCGCUCCGGUUCUGUGGUCAUAUUAAACUCAUAUUAAACGAACUCGAACACGUUAUUUCGUACCAAAACACGUGCACAUGUUCACCUACACAACCGAACCCCAUGUACGUACACGGUGUGCACAUACAUAGGUUCGUGGCACCAGUUUUCUCUUUCUCACUCGCAUCAUCACUAGCGUUGACUCUUUUCGCCUUGUGCGAAUCGUUCUCGUGUACGCACCCGGUGUAGGUACACGGAUGUUUGAACUACAGUUUAUCCAUCGUUCGCUUCGGUUCGAUGUUCGAGGUGAACCUGCACAUCGCGACGAAGCAUGUUGAACGCGUGCACGAAAUUUUGCAGACAGGUACAAACUUGUCGAUGUUCAUGGGAAGUCUGCAUAACACAUUGAGAAACACUGCCCUGCGAAUGCACUCAACUAAAUCUAUUAUAAGUAGUAUCUAGCAUGUUUGGUUUCCUGUUCUGCACACUGAUUGCAACUCUAGCGUAAAAAGGUAUCUUCCUCCGCUUAUACAGCUUUCCAUAAGC